CCGUGCCACUUCCAUCACCAGCAGCCCGCGCCUCCUUCCUCCUCGUCUCCCACACUCACACUCCCCGACUCACACUCGGACAAACCGGCAGGCACAAAAAGUUGGCAAUGGCGCCACGGGCUGCCACCGUCCUCCUCUGCGCCGCGCUGCUCUGCCUCCUCUCGGCGACGCACUCCCUCGCGCAGGCGCCCGCCCCGGCCGGCAACGCCCCGCCCAAGUCGCCCAGCGCGACGCCGGCCCCCGCGGCGGCCGCGGCCACGCCCACCGCUUCCCCCGCCCCGCCCGCCGCCGACGCGUCCGCGCCGCCCACUGCUACCCCGUCUGCCCCCGCGCCCAAGUCUUCCCAGGCCACCCCCGCGCCGACCACCGCUCCCGCCACGCCGGCGCCGGUGAAGGCCCCGGCCGCCCCCGCGCCGACCAACACUCCCGCCACGCCGGCGCCGGUAAAGGCCCCGGCCACCCCCGCGCCGACCACCACUCCCACUCCCACAACGCCGGCACCGGUGAAGGCCCCGGCCGCCCCGGCGCCGACCAACACUCCUGCCACGCCGGCGCCAGUGAAGGCCCCGGCAACACCCGCCCCGGCGGCCGCGCAGACGACCCCGGCGCCAGUCAACGCCCCGGCCACUCCCGCCCCCGCGGCUGCGCAGACCACCCCGGCGCCGUUCAAGGCGCCGGCCACCACCGCUCCUGCGGCCGCGCCGCCCACCACCCCCGCCGCACCGGCACCGGUCAUCAAGGCCCCGGCCACCCCUGCGCCUGCUGCCGCACCGCCCACCACUCCAGUUGCCACUCCCGCCCCCGUCACUGCCCCCGCCGCGGCUGCUCCCACUCCCGCACCGAAGCCCAAGGCCAAGGCGCCCGCGGCCGCACCACCAGCCAAAGCCACCGCCCCUGCCCCCGCAGCACUCCCUCCCACCGCAGACGUACCCGCGGCCGCCGCGCCAACGCUCGUCCCCGAGGUGCCUGCCGCCGCGCCGGCCCCGUUGACCAAGCCCACCGACGCCCCCGCGCCGGCGCCGUCCAAGAAGAAGCGCUCCUCCAAGAAGAAGACGAAGGCGCCCGCGCCCGCCCCAGCCGCCGCGGCCCCCGUCAAGGCCAAGGCCGUGGCGCCCACCACCGCCCAGGCCGCCGCGGCUCCCGGGCCCAGCGGCGACUCCACCGCCGCCGACACCGCGAGUGCACCGGGGAGGAGCACCGGGAUGGCGGCGGCCGUGAUCGUGGCGGCGCUCGGCGCGGCGGCGAUGCUCGCCUAGACCGACGAUCCCCGUCGAUCGGGCCGUGAUGAUGCGCGCGUCGGCCAUGUCACCCUUUUUCUCUUUUGGUUUUGUGUAAUUAUUUACGAGGGGUGAUGGGCUUUGAGCCUUUUUCCUUUCCUGUGUCGUGCACUAGAGCUCACAUUCACAGUGUCGCGAUUCUUUUGCUUUGCUUUUGUGUUGAGAGAGACGGGAGAGAAGCCAGAGUGUCACAGAUGAUAUGGUACGAGAGACGGAUGCGAGGGGGAGGGGACGCUGCCUGUGUAUUAUUGUUAAUUUUAUUCAUAUUUAUAACGUAUUUAUAUCACAGUUACCAUUA